AUGAAGCCAGCAUCGAUUAAAACUAUUCUCUACACUUCUCUGCUGUGUCUGAGCACUGCUCAGGCACAAACUGAUCCACUGAGCGUUUCGCACAUCUCUUCCAGUACACCCAAUGUUGCCUGCACCUUCUUCGGUAUCGAUCAUAGUGUUACUACUGUGAUCGGGGUAGGAAGUGUGGAUGUUGGGCCCCCUCAGACCCAGGUCCGGGGCGCCUGCCGUACUGGAAAUGUUCCUCCGACUGAACCAAUCCAACCUCAGCCCUCAGAGGGUCGGGUCUUGAUUACUUUUAUUGGGGCUGCUAAUGCCCAAUUUGACCAAUGGUUCCCUGUCAACGGUGCUAAUACUCCAAUUUCCAACCCUCUUAGCGUCUCCCAUAUCAUGUCCAACACUGCGAAUGUCAGAUGCACGUUCAAUGGAGUGGACCAUAGCGUUACGGUUCUCAAUGGCGCAGAGACAGUCGACGUUGGUCCCCCUCAGACCCAAGUCUCUGGGGAAUGUCGCACGCCCUAG